AUGGUAGCCAAAGCCACGGUCGACUCCGCAGAGGGUGCCUCGCAGUCUCUGCGUAAUGGGUCGUUGAAUGCUUUAUUUGAGCUCGGGGAGCAUCCGGUAGACGAGUCUCCAAAAUUGAAAGUUGCCGUCAUUGGUGCAGGCAUCUCGGGCAUUACUGCUGGCAUUUUGCUCCCCAUCAAAGUUCCCGGCAUCCAGCUCACGAUCCUGGAGAAGAAUGCCGAUGUGGGAGGCACCUGGCUCGAAAACUCAUACCCCGGCGUACGAUGCGACAUUCCUGCGCAUGUCUAUCAGUCAACGUUCGAACCGAACAUCGGGUGGACGGAGGAGUAUGCUCAAGGGAACGAGAUCAGAGACUACUGGCAGCGUGUGGCGCGUAAGUACGGGGUGUAUGAGCGGCUUCGGGUGAACACCAAGGUCAUCGCGGCCGAGUGGGCCAAGGAAGCUGCGCAGUGGCGAUUGAUGUUGGAAGAUGUGGCGGCUGCGAGGACAUACAGCGAAGAUUUUGAUGUAGUGAUCGCGGCGAUUGGCCGUUUCAACGCUUGGAAACUACCAGAGUAUCCUGGCAUUGAGUCGUAUUCCGGCCGUCUCCGUCAUGCAAGCAAUUGGGAUCCUGACUUCGAUCCGCAAGGGAAGUCAGUCGCGGUCAUUGGGAACGGAGCAAGCGGAAUCCAAGUGGUCGCGAACCUUCAGAAAAUAGUGAGCCGACUUGAUCACUAUGCCAGGAGUCCGACUUGGAUCGCUGGUUCUUUUGCUGGGGAGGGUGAGGGCAGGAAACUUGAACCAUUGUACUAUUCACCUGAGACAUUACGGUCUUUCGAAGACCCAGCAGUGUAUCUUGAAUUCCGCAAGAAAUUUGAGGGAAAGUUUUACGGGAGAUUCGAGACAAUCCUGAGAGAUUCCGAGGGAAACAAAAAGUUGAGGGAAGAGUUCAAAACGUCAAUGGCGGAACGGACCAAAGACAAACCAGAACUUCUGGAGCAUAUACUGCCAGACUUUUCGCCCAACUGCAGGCGACUCACUCCUGGACCCGGUUAUCUAGAGGCCUUAGCUCAACCGAAUGUAAACUUCAUCCGUACGCCAAUUGCCGAGUUCAGGACCGACGGGAUCGUGACCACAGACGGGGUGGUACGCAAGGUUGAGGCAGUCAUCUGCUGCACCGGGGCGAACACCGAUAUGCUUCCACCGUUCCCCAUCACCGUGCCUGGAACUGGUUCCCUCCAAGACGCGUGGACACCCGACCCCUACACGUACAUGGGAGUCGCAACGCCUUCCUUUCCGAACCUCGUCUUCAUCCAAGGUCCCAACGGCACCGGCUAUAGUGGCACAGUGCCUAACCAGAUCGAGACGCAAACGACCUAUAUCGCGGUCCUACUGCGCAAGGUCGCAUCGCAGCGCGUCAAGACAUUCGCCCCUUCGAAAGCCGCGACCGAUGACUUCGUAGCUUACAGCGACGCUUUCUUCGCCCGGACGGUCUGGACGGAAGGAUGUAGGUCGUGGGCGAAUGGUGGUCGACCGGGAGCUCGAAUUCAUGGACACUGGCCCGGCAGCGCCUCGCAUUUGAACUUUGUGAGGCGGAAUCCUAGAUGGGAGGACUGGGAAUGGACGUACAAAUCCGAGACCCAGAAUCGAUUCGCGUAUUUUGGAAACGGGCGGACGAGUAAAGAGUCGCCGCUGGACGGUGCGGAUCCGCCUCCGGAUCUGGUGAAGUAUUUAAAACGGCCUGAUGAGAUUGACCUGAGAAUUUACCACGAAGAAUGGUUUGAUGUCUGA